AUGACCACCAAAAAAGACACCGUCAAUAUAUUCCCAGUCAAAACCCUCAUCUCAGAUCUACCGGAUCAUCUUCUUCCGCAGCCUCUCACAUCUUCCGAAAAUGGCCCUGCUGGUGGACGCUUGAUCAUUGUAGGCGAUGUCCAUGGAAUGAGAAAAUCUCUGGAGGCACUCCUAGAUAAACUCAGCUUCGACAAACAAAAUGGGGAUCAUCUGAUACUAGUUGGCGAUCUGGUCAAUAAAGGGCCUGAUAGCCCCGGUGUUGUUGAUCUGGCUAUUAAGCUCGGGGCCAGCGCAGUGCGAGGCAACCACGAAAAUGCAGUGCUCAAUGCAGCUGCCUACAUAAACGCCACAAGAGAUAGCCUGCAGCAUUCCGAAGGCUUAACUGGCGGCCCGGCGGUACUUGAGAACCCCGAAGCCGAUCUGCCCGGGGAAACUGUCCGAGAUGCCGAGAUUCCUGACAAAUGUGCAUCCGCUACAGCUGGCUCAAGCAAAAAACCUAGUCCUAAGACACAAAAUACUGCGUUAGCACUUUCGACAGGUCAACUCGACUGGCUUGCUGGUUUGCCCUUGAUACUGCGCAUCAAGCUACCUCAGAACCUAACAUCUUCCUUUGGUGACACUUUAGUUGUCGUACAUGCGGGCCUUGUUCCAAACAUUCCGCUUGAGGACCAGGAUCCAUAUUAUUUAUUACAUAUACGGAGCCUUACCCGUACACCGGGCGAUAGGGAUGAAUUCAUUCCCGCGGAGACUACUGGGGAAGAAAGCUGGGUCAUGGAAUGGGACCAGUGGCAAGAUAAAGUAGCGUCAAAGACUACGGUUAUAUUCGGACACGAUGCAAAGCGUCGUCUACAGCUGGGCAGAUAUGCGAUUGGCUUGGAUUCAGGGUGUCUAUACGGCAAUAAGUUGAGCGCGCUUGUAAUUACGAUUAUUGAUGGCGAAUUUGUUAAACAGAUUGUUCAAGUCGAAUGUGCUGAUACACCUGUGGCUCCAACACUACCGGUGAAAGAAGGGGACAAGACAGCUAUUGAAUAA